AUGGGGAAUUACCGCACUUUUUUCUCGACCGCAGCCGCUCCACUCACAUCAACUACAUUUAAACCACCCUCUUCGCGCGUUGUCAAGGCGAUUCCCCGAAGAGCGCUAGGAACUCGCGACAAUGAAGACCGCAAGAAGAUCCACGAGUACCUCUUCCGCGAGGGUGUGCUCGUGGCCAAGAAGGACUUCAACCUUCCCAAGCAUGGCGACAUUGACACCAAGAACCUCUACGUGAUCAAGGCCUGCCAGUCCCUGACCUCCCGUGGUUUCGUCAAGACCCAGUUCUCGUGGCAGUACUACUACUACACCCUCACCCCCGAGGGUCUUGACUACCUCCGUGAGUGGCUCCACCUCCCCGCUGAGGUUGUCCCCGCCACCCACAUCAAGCAGCAGCGUUCCCACGCUCCCCCUCGUGGCAUGAUGGGCGGUGAGGAGCGUGAGCGUCGUCCCCGUGCUCCUCGUGAGGGUGGCUACCGCCGCCGCGAGGAGAACAAGGAGGGCGGUGCCCCCGGCGAGUUCGCUCCCAGCUUCCGUGGUGGAUUCGGCCGUGGCCGUGGUGCUCCCUCCUCCUAAGGGGUGUCGCCUGCCGGUCUUCCAAGGGCUUAAUGGGAUUGUUGCCGGUGUGGCUUGAACGACUUUGAAAGAAGUCGGGAAGCUGUACCGUGCACGUCCUAAAAAAGAAGUUAUGCCAAGCUACUGUUUCACAGUUAUGAUAUAGUUAGGAUUAAUGGCAUGAUUUCAUGACUUCAUUUAAUUUUCCACUUCGUAA